UAUCAGGCCACGCGGUAGUGGAGUAACAUUGUAUAUAUAUAUACAUGCAUUAAAGAAAGAAAGUAAGAAACUAACAAACAACUUGAGAGUUCAGUCAAUUUAUUUAAAAAAAUAAAUAAAAAAAAAACGUUAUAACUGUGACCCAAAACACAAAAGCAAGGUAUACAAAAGAAAAGGAAGGAAGGAAGAAUUUGAUUUGAUGUACCCAAAAUCAAAUCCAAAAAAACACUAAAAUUGGGUCCCUCACUUUUGUGUCUUUAUCCAAAACUUUCUUUUUUUCUUGUCCCUGUUCUAUUUUCCCGGGUCUUCUCUUCUCUUCUUGGUCUGAUCUCUCUUUUCUCACACCAGCUUAAUUUUCCCGUUAUAUAUUAUUAUCAGUGUUAUAACUAUGUCUUCAUCUUCAUCGUCAUCAUCGUUAUCCUCGUCGUUCAGAGGAGGAAACAAUAAUAAUAAUAAUGGGAAUGCUGGUGCAAGUGGUAGAAGCACAGGUGGUGGUAGUUCGAGUAGGCGAAGGGAUAGAGGCUAUGAAGGACCCUCUUCGUCACAGCGGCGUGAGCCCACGAACGAGGACUGGCCCGGCCAUUUCGUUGAAGCUCUCGUCACCCGAGUCGCUAUUGAGGCUUCUCGUUCCACUGGUCGCCGUGCUGCUGCUCCUGCUCUCGCCACUCUCUUCCAGGUGUGCCCCAGGUGGCGUGAAGCCUCCGGGUCGGACCAUCUGUGGCAUCGUCUAACUCGCCGCAUCUGGGGUCGUUCCUACCUUCUCCAGAACACAUGGCGUGACGAGUACAUCUAUUGGCAUCGGACGGCAGAGAACUUUCGGUUGGCUCAGUACUCCCACACCAUCCUCCCGUUCGACCCUAACGAAGAAGAUGGCCCAGCCAACAGCCUCAACUGCCGAUGCCUCACUCUCUCAGACACCCACCUCGCUUGCGGUUUCUCUGAUGGAUCCGUUCGUCUCUUCCACCUCCCCACGCGCAACCAUGUCAGCACAUUCCGUCCCCGCACCAGAGCUAUCCUGGGACCAUUCUCACACGCUAUCACAGGUAUCAUUAUCACAAACAACCGUCGCCUAGUCUUUGGGACUCUUGUUGGAGACAUCCACGUGGCGCUCAUCAACGACCCCUCACAUACUCGUCGAGUUUUCGAGGGCAAUGCGGUCGACGAUGGUGUUUUGGUUGAUUUCAGUGGCUGCGGUCGCUGGUGGGUGGGCCUAUACGCGGGCGUACCAGACCGAGCCUUCCACAUCUGGGACAGCAACACAGAGGAACUUGUUUCAGUUGGUGGGGCGUUGACGAACCCAGACUCAGUCAGGGGUUGGCAAAUGCUGAUUGAGGCGAGUAACGAUGUGUUGGGUCGAGUCAGAGUGACGAGUCAACAAUCAGCGGUGGCAUGCACAGAUACGAGGGCCACGGUGUUAGAUUUGAGGAAUCAUGGGUUGGUCCUUGGUGAGGAGGAGUACGAGGGUGGUUUGAUGGUGACAUCGAUGGACGUGAGUAACUCUACGUAUAUUAUAGUAGACAGACAGGGGAAUGCUAGUGUGCGUCGGGCGAGCACGUUAGAGGAAUUGUGCAACUUUAGUGUGAGGCGUGGGGCAUGGCGCAGGGAGAGAGGGUUGGUCGGGUGCAUGAAUCGUGGGUUCGCGCUAAUGUGCACCGGGAGUGUGAUUAGGGUGUGGGAGAUAGAGGAGGGCCACCACAUUUACAGAUUGGCGGACCAGAUUGGGGAGGUCAAUGUUAUGGCGGCUGACGAACGAUAUGUCAUUGCAUGCUCCGACGAUAAUACGUUGCAUCUUUGGGAUUUUGGUCCCCAAUAAAAAAUUGGAGGACAUCCACUUGGAUAUGGUGACUGACUAAGAAAAUAAAUUUAACGAAAAAAAGAGGUAACAAGGGGAAGUAGUUUGUACUCUAAUCAUCUUUUUUCUUUUUAGUGUAAUUGAGAGGGGAGUGGAUGGGCGUGGCAUACACUUUUUUAGGAGCCUUUUAGGACCAGAUCUGGAUUUGACCCUUAGACUAGAGUAUAGGCUAAUUUGUAAUUUUAAAAUAAUUUUUUAUUUUGUUAAUUUUUGUUUGUACAGUUUAAUAUGAGAAGUGCUAUUCAGCCCGAGUCUAGUGGCUUGAAUUAUAUCCCGAUGUGAUGUGUCCUUUGCAUAUGUAGCCACAUGUAAAUAAGGUUGUUUUUAUAUUAAAAUGUAUAUUUUAAUAUUUAAUUAAGAGAAAUGCUAAAGGCACUAGUGGCGCCUAACACCCUCUUAUGUGUCAAUAUCGCUAUUAUCGGGUCUCAUAUAAUUUAAUAUAAUAGUUUUUAGGGAGUAUCGCUAGCCAAUCGCAACGCGACAUGUUGAGAAGGUGUUGAAUAAGUUAUAAACGUGUUGAAUUCUUCAUAAACGUAUUAUUAGUUGACAUAUUUAACAAGUAAGCCUUUAAAUGGAAAAUGUCAUUAACGUUCGGACUAAGCUUUAAAAAGUUCCAAACUCGAUUUCUAACUCAAAAUCACCUCAAAUUCAAUAAGUAAACAUUAAAACUAGUCCCCUAGCUACCAAAGACCAAUUAUACAAAGUCAGAAUCUUCAUAACCACUCUAAAUC